AUGCAUCUCAAGUAUUUGUGGUAUCGAUGUUGUUCGUAUGACUGUUUGGCAACCACAGCAACUAAAGAACACAGAUCUCCAGAGCAGGAGGAACAGAGAUCGUCUCCCACUCCCGGACCACCCAGCCCACAGAAUAACGGCACUGCUGCCGCUCUUUCCUCUACGGAGUCUCUGUCUCCACCGCUGGCUGAAGCGUCACGGUCAGCGCCAGCUCUGCAGAGACUCAGGAGGUUCCUGUCGGCUCUGCAGCAGUUUGCCACAGAUGUUGGAGCGGACACAGGAGAGAGGGUUCGGCAGCUCAUUUACAACCUUGUGUCUGGCACUUUGAAUGUCGAAGAGUUCCAAACAGGCGUCCAGGAGUGUACCAACUAUCCUUUAAGAGCAUCAGUUCCAGGAUUUUUGAGAGCACUCCUGCCUCUAGCUCAGAGGGAUCUCCACACGAGGGCCAGAAGGGCUAAGCAGACGCCUCUCCAAUACAUCAGGUGUCACGAACACCUGAUCCUGGAGUCAGGAGGCGACAGCAGCGACAUCUUCGCUCAUCCACCUGGAGCUUCGGAGACUGGGGUCAAGAGGCGAGCUAGUGAUCCCUUCUACGACACCUCCCAAACGAACGGCUCGCAUGAAGAGUACCCCCCUCAAGCCAAACGCGCCGCCUCCAGUCUGUUCCUGAACCCCUCGCCGUUCCUCUACCCGCUGCCGAGCAAUGCUACACUCUUCGAUUAUUCACAUCCGUACCAUGGGUACCAUGGCAAUCAAGAAGGGGGUUUUGAGAGGAGAGAUGGAUCUAUAACAGUGAGAGACGUAUCAUCAAUGAAUGCGUCUUUCUCAGAGCCCCGGUUGGGCGCCAGUUCGUCAGGACUCCUCAAAACUGAUGAUGAGUGGAAGAAUAUCAACACUAUGCUUAAUUGCAUCCUCAGCAUGGUGGAGAAGACCAAAAGAGCAUUGGCAAUUUUGCAACAAAGAGGUGUAGAACCAACAGAAAGUAACGAUAUAAAGAGGGCAGCUAGUGAGAUUAUGGCAACAGCUGUCAGACAAACAGAGGAAAGAGUUGCUGAAGUACGGAGACGAGCUGAAGAUGCCGUCAAUCAGGUCAAACGCCAAGCCCUUUUGGAGCUUCAACGUGCAAUUGGAGCGGCAGAAUCCAAAGCCCUGGAGCUGGUAGCGGCUGAGAGAGGAAAGGUGGAGAGGAUGGUAGAGAGGCGGCACUCACCACCUCCGGGCAGGGAACUCAGCCCUAAUGCUAGCAAUCAACAAAAUUGUUGCUGGAACUGCGGGCGCAAGGCGCAGGAGACGUGCUCCGGCUGCAACGCGGCGCGCUACUGCGGGGCCUUCUGCCAGCACAAGGACUGGGAGAACCACCACCAGGUAUGCAGCGGCCGUGACCAGAAGCCCACCACUCUCCGUACCUCUCCGACCACCACUCAAGCAUCUUUACCAAAACCACUGACCCGUUCUACGACACCUAUAACCGCCACUAUCAGCAACCCAACACCGACCACGCUACCAGACACCAGGCUGUCACUAACGACCCUGAAUACUGCGGAGCGACUGCUGAACACACAGGAAAGGGAGAGGACUGACAGGCUGACGCUGGCGAACCUCUCGACUGCGCAGGGGCUCAUCGGUAUAGGGAAGAAAUGA